AUGGGAAUAUUGGCUGCGAUCGGAGUUCUGUUGCCAUUUCCGUUCUACUGGUGGCUGUGGACGAAUCCUCAGUCAUGGGUCAAUCUCUGCGGCCAAGGAAGAGACCCAUCGACGGUGAUGGCUCGUGUAUCGCACGUGCUCAAGGCUGCUCAACUGCUCUCUCUCUUCUCCGUCGCAUCUCUCUCCUGGCCUCCUCUCUACUUCUGGCCCCUUAUCGCCUUUGGCCAGUUUCUUAAUUUCAGGGUAUAUCAACUGUUAGGUGAAGCUGGAACAUAUUACGGAGUUCGAUUCGGGAAGAACAUACCUUGGGUUACGGAGUUCCCAUUUGGAGUUAUCAGAGAUCCACAGUAUGUUGGGAGUAUCAUGUCUCUGUUGGCAUGUCUUUCUUGGGUUCCAUUCCAAUACAUUUUGCUCUGGUGUCUCGGUUAUGGUUUCAUGAUGCUUGUCGAAUCCAAGGAAGAUCCAAGUGCUCGUGCCAAAUCGGUUUCCUGA